UUUGGGGCAUAUAACUAAUAAUGGGAUCGCUGGUUUCCUAUCACUAUAGGUGGCUAGGCCUAUCUUCCAUGUUACCAAGCUACCGGGCCUUGGGUGGGCCGGGUUUAUGAUUCCAUUGUUUCUUCCUUUUUAUUUUUUCUUUAUUUUUAUUUAUUCCUUUUAAACUUUAAGAAGUUUUAACCUUUAAUCCUAAAGGACUGGGUGCCUACAUACCUAGUAGUUAUUUAGUCUAAGGAGCAAUAUACCUCUCUUAGGACUUUUCAAAGGACCAACAUAAUGUUAUUGCCAUAUGUUUCGCCUGAAAUUCGAUAUCCACUCUCCGGCUGCUGCGUGGUGGUUAGAUUGCCAGGCGUGCCAAGAAGCUGUCCUAAGGUGUGAGUGAGAGCGAAAUCACCAGCAGUCCUCACCGGGCUAAAGCAUUGCAACAUGGUCCUUGGGGUCUGUAGGAUUAGUUGGUGAUUGGAUUUUCGAUGUAAUGAUAUCGGUUGGGAGAUGAUAGAGUUGUGCAGAUGAUGUCACAUCUUCGAGGGUUAAGCCGGUCUUAUGGUGUUGAGAUUGCCCAGAAGUCGGUCUAAGAGGAUGAUAAUCAUGGCCUAAGGAAAGUCCGUGAAGAUAAGUCUGGACUAGUGGCAACCGAAAAGGAGCUAAUUUUGGCCCGAAAGCCUCGACUAGUGGUAUGCCUCCUCGAAGGUGGGUCUCGGCUGGAGGCAGCGGAAAAUGAUGAAUCCUAGGCCGGGACCUGGACUCGAAUGGUGGUCACUGCUCUGAGGCAAAUCAUAGAAGGAUAAGGAUCAAGGAUCAUUGAUUUACUUUGUUGCUCUUUUGUUGCAGGGAAGUUGACAAAGGGUGCAAACAAAGUGCAAGUAUGCCUGCACAGUAAUUAUGGGAAAGACAGUCAAUUUACACGGCUUCCCUUCUUCUACGUCAGCACAAAGAGUUCAGGGAUUUUUAGAACAAAUAACGGGCGAGGGAACUGUUUAUGCCAUUAAAGUUAGACCAGCCAAAAGCGACAAUCGAUUAUACGCGAUUGUGCAGUUCAUGACAGCUGAAGAUGCUGAUAGAAUAAUCCGUUUGGCCAGUACACAAUUGUGGUACGGAAAAUCAUAUCUGACUGCUCGCAAGGUGGACCAUGAUAUUGUACCGAAACCGAGAAUCCUGUCACAUAGUAUAGAAGGUGUAACAUUGCACUUUGGGUGUCAGAUUUCCGAGCAGAAGUUCUCCUCCCUGUGGAAAGUGCAGAAUGUUUCUGUUGAUUUUGGGGCUGGAUUAAGAAGAUUCUACUUUGUUUUGUUUUAUAAUCAAGUGGAAUAUAAGCUUGACCUGUCAUAUGAGAACAUCUGGCAAAUUAAGCUUCAACGUCAACGAGGCCGUGGCUCCUUUUAUCUGCUAAUUCAGCUGUUCGGUGCUCCUCGUAUUUUCAGAAAAGAUGCAAACCCUUCAAGUAAUGUACACGAGAGUCGUCUUUAUAACUAUUGCAAGGAUGGUUCAAAUGACCAAUGGGUGAGAACAACCGAUUUUACUCCAUCUGCUUUUAUCGGGCAAUCUUCCGUAAUGUGCCUCGAGAUCUUUCAUACGUCUAAGCUCCCAGAUUUUCAGGAGAAUUUCGCUGCUUAUAAGGAAAUUAAAUGCAUAUUUGCUAUGGAGAGUGGCUCCAGUUUCUCUUGCAAUCUGAACCUAGUUCCUACUGUGGAGGCCCCCAUAGGUGUUGAUAUACCCUACAAGAUCCUUUUCAAGAUCAAUCUGUUGGUACAGAAUGGGUGUCUUCCUGGACCCUGUCUCGACUCUUCCUUCUAUCGACUCGUAGAUCCAAGGAGAGAGAACAUCAGUUUCAUAGAGUAUGCUCUAGAGAAACUGUAUUAUCUAAAAGAAUGUUGUUACCAUCCGAAGAGGUGGCUUGAGAAGCAGUAUGCGAUCUUCAGGAAGAAUAAGCAUCUGAUAUGGCAGCAUAGUAUGCGGUCGCCUUUGAUAUCUUUGGAUGAGGGCCUGAUGUAUGUUCACAGGGUUCAGGUAACUCCUUGUAAAAUUUACUUUUCCGGUCCAGAGGUUAAUGUGUCAAAUCGAGUUCUGCGGAGGUAUUCUAAGUAUACUGAUAAUUUCCUCCGGAUCUCUUUCGUGGACGAAGAUCUCGAUAAAGUUUAUUCCACAGUUUUAUCUCCUCGUGGUUCUAUGGCCGACCGUGGUAUGAGAACAGAAAUUUUUACAAGAAUUCUGUCUACCCUUCAGAAUGGAAUAACCAUAGGUGAUAAGAAGUUUGAAUUCCUUGCUUUCUCCUCCAGUCAGCUACGUGAAAGUUCUGCAUGGAUGUUUGCUCCAAUAGAUGGAUGCACAGCUGAUGCUAUAAGGGAAUCCUUGGGUGAGUUCCAUCAGAUCAGGAAUGUGGCAAAAUAUGCUGCACGACUAGGCCAAUCCUUAAGCUCAUCCACUGAAACUCGUUCUGUGGAAUGGUAUGAAACUGAAGAAAUUCCUGAUAUUGAGGUUAUUCGUGGCAACAAGCGCUAUAAUUUUUCUGAUGGGAUCGGGAAGAUAUCUGAAGAUUUUGCAAAGAAAGUGGCAAAAAAAUGCGGCCUUAAAGGUUAUACUCCAUCAGCGUUUCAGAUACGGUACAGAGGAUACAAAGGUGUUGUGGCCAUUGACCCGACGUUGCCUGUGAAGUUAUCACUGCGCCAGAGCAUGAGAAAGUACGAAUCCUCAGACAAGAAACUGAAUGUCUUGGCAUGGAGCAAGUACCAACCCUGCUUUCUGAACCGGCAGAUCAUCACUCUCCUAUCAACUCUAGGUGUUCCUGAUGAAGUUUUUGAGCGAAAGCACAGAGAAGCUGUGGAUCAGUUAGACUCUAUUCUAACAGAUCCUUUGAAGGCGCAGGAAGCUCUAGAUCUCAUGGCUCCUCGUGAGAAUACUCAGGUCCUCAAGCAGAUGCUUGUGUGUGGGUACGAACCGGACAAGGAACCAUUCCUCUCAAUGAUGCUUCGUACUUUCCGUGCUUCGAAGCUGUUUGACCUGAGAACAAGGACCAGGAUUUUUAUACCUAAAGGGAGAUUAAUGAUGGGUUGCCUAGACGAGACCAGGACCUUAGAGUAUGGACAGGUAUUUGUGAAGUUUUCGGGUCGAAAACAGGAACAGUUGUGGGAUAAUACCUACAUGCACACUGGUACCGCGACAGAUGAAUCUUUUGUCUUCCAGGGACAAGUAGUGGUCGCAAAGAACCCUUGCCACCAUCCUGGUGAUGUCCGAGUUCUCAGAGCUGUGAAUGUGCCAGCUUUGCACCAUAUGGUGGAUUGUGUUGUUUUCCCCCAGAAAGGAAAAAGGCCACACCCAAAUGAAUGCUCGGGGAGUGAUCUGGAUGGAGAUAUUUAUUUUGUCUCUUGGGACUCCGAAUUGAUUCCGCCUGAUCAAGAUCGGCCUAUGGACUAUAAACCAGCCCCGACGGUUGAAUUAGACCACAAUGUUAGGAUUGAGGAAGUGGAAGAGUACUUCGUGAACUACAUUCUCAAUGACAGCCAGGGAAUAAUAGGUAAUGCCCACCUUGUGUUUGCUGAUCGGAGCAGUGCAAAGGCAAGAUGUCCGGAGUGUAUUGAACUUGCAAAGCUAUUCUCUAUUGCCGUUGAUUUCCCAAAAACAGGCGUGCCUGCCCAGAUCCCUCCCAAUCUGUAUGCUAAAGAAUUUCCUGACUUCAUGGAGAAGCUCGACAAGCCCACCUAUGAAUCCAAGAACGUAAUUGGGAAGCUUUUCCGAAAGGUGAGGAACAUAGCUCCCAAUUCCACUUCCCUCCAUACCUUCACGAAGGAAGAUGCUAGGCAUUCCUAUGAUCGUGAUAUGGAAGUUGAGGACUUCGAGGAUUACGUGGAUGAUGCUUUCUUUUACAAGGACAACUACGACUUCAAAUUGGGCAACAUCAUGGACUACUAUGGUAUCAGGACUGAGGCGGAGAUACUUAGUGGAAACAUCAUGAAGAUGUCAAAGUCAUUCAAUAAGAGGAACCCGAAGCAGAUCACCGUGGCUGUCGAGGCCCUGAGCAAGGAAGCAAGGUCAUGGUUCAGUGAGAAGGCAACAGGUUCAGACCGUUCAGAACCUGAGAAUCUGUACGCGAAGGCAUCGGCUUGGUACUAUGUCACAUAUCACCCGAGUUACUGGGGAGCCUAUAACGAGGGCCUGAAGCGGGACCAUUACCUGAGCUUCCCUUGGUGUGUUUAUGAUAGGCUGAUCGAAAUAAAAAAGAAGAAGAUCAAUAUAAUGCGAGGACGUAUGUUCCAUUCUUUUGGAGACAUCUUCACUCGUAGACUGCACUUGUCUUGAUAUUGCAUCUUCUCGGGUUUGAUUUGUAUUAUAUUUAUGGGAGUUACUGAUGUGUGAGGUUGCCGCUAGUGAUUCUCUUUCGAGAUGAGCUUUCCCUAUGGGAAGUCUUGAUUUGUGGCCCUUUUUGGGCUAAACUAUAUAUUAAGGCUUGUAUUCUGCAUGGAUUUUAUAAUUAUAUUGUUGAGUUUCCUAUUUUA